CAGUCAACCGAACAGUUCAGGCGUCAUAUUUCCUCAACUAAACAAUCUACAGAAUUUGUUCGCUCGAAAUGGUGGAAGUCUUUUCUGGACGAACUCUUUUGAAUAAAGAAGGCGCAGUCGUUGACCCAGAGGAGGCUCUCAGAAACAAAGUAGUGGGUAUAUAUUUCUCUGGAGGUUGGUGCCCGCCCUGCCGCGAUUUCACUCCCAUCCUAUGUGAUUUUUACACGGAUCUGAUUGAAGAGAGCGACCCCCCUGCCCAAUUCGAAAUAGUCUUCAUUUCGUCCGACAAGUCCCCUGAAGACAUGAUCGAGUAUUAUCACGACAUGCACGGAGACUGGUUGUCCUUACCCUGGCAUGAUCAAUAUAAACAUGACUUGCAAAAGAAGUACAAUAUCACAGCUGUACCAAAGCUAGUGAUUGUGAAGGAAAAUGGAGAGGUUAUCACAGAAAAAGGAAGGAAGCAAAUCCGAGACCAAGGGCUUGCAUGCUUCAGGAACUGGUUGGAGGUGGCAGAAAUCUUCCAAAACUUCAGAGGCUAGGAAGAGUAGGUACUUUCCUUGUACUGAAGGCUAUGUUUUUCUAUGCACAAUAGUUUGCUGUUGAAGUGUGUUGAAUAUAUAAUGUAGACAUGUUUUUAAACAUUUCCCUAUUUUUAUAAUGUGUUUUAAUAUAUACUGAAAAUAAAUGUUUUUCAGGGGUUCAUUUUAAAUACUAAGACCAAUUAAAUAUAUGACCUCACAUAUUUGUAACCUAAGAAAAAUUUGUUUGUUUUUUGGAAAUAACAACUCCUCAUACUAGGAUGUAACAAGUAAACCAUAUUACGAUGGUGCAAUGUGUGGAAAUAAGAUUCCUUUGCAGAAAACUGGCUCCAAAUACACUGGACUGUGCCCGACUGAUUCUCACAUUCUUCAUAUAUCCAUAUUGCAGAAACCGGUGACCUUUUUUAAAUGCACACAUCUGCUGUGGUUAUCACCGACUGCAGAAACGCAUUUAAUUUAUGCCUUGCACUUUCUAAGCAGCUUCAUAUCAACUUUUUAAUUGUAAUAAGAACUAUCAUAACCCACUACAAAGAUGUAGUUCAAUGAACAAUAAAAUGGAGAAAUAAAAAAAAUGCAAUAUGUGCUUCCAGGUGUCAGGUCCACCUCUCACCUCCUGUGAUGGUGAUUCAUCAGAUGGACACAUGGCCCAGUGUAGGGUGUAUGUUUCAAAAUGUGCAAAUGUAUUCACAUCAUUCAACAGAUUAAAUCACUUUCAUACUGUCUGCCUGUACAUGAAAUGUUGAAAAUAAUUCUAAGGAAUUCAGGUCUGUAGUUAGUAUAAGUGUAUUAAGUUGGUUCCUUUUACCAUUUUUUUUUACAAUGACAUUGCUCAUUUUACCUCGUUUCAUUUAUUUCUGACCUUAUGUAAAGUAUCAAAUCCUUGUUUUUUCUGUUUUGUCUGUGAUGUGCCCAUGGUUGUUCCUACGAAAUAUUAUAUGACUUCACAUAACAUAACAUACAAUACUGUGCAAAAGUUUUAGGCAGGUGUGAAAAAAUGCUGUAAUUUCAAAAUUAGUUAUGUUAGAAAUGUUAAUAGUUAAUUUUUUAUCAAUUAACAAAAUGCAAAAAAUCUAAAUCAAAUCAAUAUUUGGUGUGACCACCCUUUGCCUUCAAACCAGCAUCAAUUCUUCUAGGUACACUUGCAUAAAGUCAGGGAUUUUGUAGGAAUAUAGUCUGGUGUGUGAUUCACCAAUUAUACCAGUGGGACCCAGGUACACCCAUUUACUGUGUGGAGAAGUCUGGUCAGAAGUGGUCUUCAUGGAAGAAGCCAUACCUUCGACGUGGAGACUCAACUAUCCAUGAAAACACAGCAACUGGGGUGCAGAAAAAUGGCAGGUUCUCUGGAAUGAUGAGACAAUGAGAUGAGAAAAUGUGAAAUAUUUGGCUGUAGCAGAAGGCAGUUUGUUCGCUGAAGAGCUGGAGAGCAAUACAAGAAUGAGUGUCUGCAGGCAGCAGUGAAGCAUGGUGGAGGUUCCUUGCAAGUUGCAUUUCUGCAAAUGGAGUUAGGGAUUUGGUCAGAAUGAAUGGUCCCCUCAAUGCUGAGACGUACAGGCAGAUACUUAUCCAUAAUGCAAUACCAUCAGGGAGUCAUCUGAUUGGCCCCAAAUGUAUUCUGCAGCAAGACAAUGACCCCAAACAUACAGCCAAUAUCAUUAAGAACUUCAGCAUGAAGAAGUCCUGGAAGUGAUAGUAUGGCCCCCACAGAGCCCUGAUCUCAAGAUCAUCGUCUGUCUGGGAUUACAUGAAGCAACAUAAGCAUUUGAUCCACAGAAUAACUGUGGCUAGUUCUCCAAGAUGUUUGGAACAACCUACCUGCCCAAUACAUCAAAAAUAUACCUAGAAGAAUUGGUGCUGUUUUGAAGGCAAAGGGUGGUCACCAACCAAAUAUUGAUUUGAUUUAGAUUUUUCUUCUGUUCGUUCACUUCUUCUGUUCAUGCUUUUCAUUAAUUGAUCAAAAUAAACUAUUCACAUUUCUAUUUUUGAAAGCAUUCUUAUUUUACUUUUGCACAGUACUGUAUUUUAUAAAUGCUUGUAUUUAUUGUUCAUUACAAUACAUUCUUAUACUGUGUUUUUCAACACACUGACAUUAUCAAGACAAAGUUGGGCUUACAUUUGGAGAAAGGGAAAUCAUUUACGAAAAAACAUGUAAACAAAAUGAACAAAGAUACUCCACUGAAAUGGAUGCAAUGUAUGGAGAUGGACAUUUAUUAUCAAUAUAUGUAAUAUUUAUUUAUAUUUAUUUUCAGUACUGCAGAAUUCUAUGCAAAUCAUUAUCUUGAGCUUUAGUGUGAGAAAAUAAAAUUCUACAAAUAAACACUGAAUUUGUACAGCUAAAA